AUGGCUAGAGGCCCAGGAGGUCCCCCACCCCCUCCAGGUCCACCACCUCCCCCAGCACCAGUCGCCCCACCUCCCAAGACAUCCGAGAGAAACGCCUUGCUGAGCUCAAUCCACAAGGGAGCAAAGUUGAAGAAGGCAAAGACCAAUGAUCGUUCAAGUCCAAUUCUUGCGCCAGACAAGUCUGGCGGCGGUGGUGCUGCCCCAGGCGGCCCACGUCCAGGAGGUGCUCCCAUGGGUAUGCCAGGCGGUCCUCGUCCAGGCAUGGGUGCUCCACCCCCCGGCGGUCCCCGUCCAGGUAUGGGUGCCCCACCUCCAGGCGGUCCACGUCCAGGCAUGGGUGCUCCACCUCCUUCAACUGGAGCUCCACCAAUGGCCCUCCCAGGCAUGAAAAAGCCAGCUGGUCCACCUCCCAAGCUCGCGGCCAAGGUUGCCGCUCCUCCACCUGGCUCUGCUCCACCACCCAAGCUCCCAGCCAAGGUUGCCGCUCCACCUCCUCCAAGAAGGUAA